AGCCGCCAUUUAUUAACUCAUUCCAGCUCCUAUAUUUAAAUUUCAAACGGCCAUGCACUUCACUGAGUUCACACUGCUUCCUUUCUUCUUGUUUUUUUUCUGUUUUUCACACACUGUGUGUCUCUUUUAGUUGUGGUUUUUUUUCCUAGUUUGAGUCUGGCUUUUCAGGAGGUUUGGGAUUGUUAACAAUGGAUGAUGUGUAUGCGAAGUUUAUUAGCAGAAUGAACCCCACAAGAGUUGUGAUUGACAAUGAAUCUUGUGAACAUGCCACUAUUAUAGAGGUUGUUAGUGCUAAUAGGCAUGGAUUACUCCUUGAAGUUGUCCAAGUACUUACAGACUUGAACCUCAUCAUAACAAAAGCAUACAUCUCCUCUGAUGGAGGAUGGUUCAUGGAUGUGUUUAAUGUGACUGACUGUGAUGGGAACAAAAUUAGAGAUGAAGGUUUUCUAAAUUAUAUACAAAAGACUCUUGAAACUGAUGCAUUGAGAGGGCUAAAUGGGGUAAUGCCCUGCAAGGAGCACACAUCAAUUGAACUAACCAGCACUGACAGGCCGGGGUUGUUGUCAGAAGUUUUUGCAGUGCUCACAGACCUAAGAUGCAAUGUGGUAAACAGUGAAAUCUGGACACACAAUUCUAGAGCUGCAGCUGUUAUUUAUGUCACAGACCAGGAAACUGGAGGAGCAAUUGAAGAUCCAAAACAGCUCUCCAAGAUGAAUGAACUGCUAUGCAAUGUCCUCAAAGUAAAUAGCAAUUUUAAGACGCCAAGAUUGACAAUAUCCUCCUCUGGGAUAAUGCACACACAAAGAAGAUUACAUCAGAUGAUGUUUGCUGAUAGGGAUUUUGAAAGGCUUGAAGGUGUCAAGCAUAGUUCAAGAAACCAUGUUUGUGUAUUAGAUUGCAAUGAUAGAGACUAUACCGUCGUCACUGUAAGAUCCAAAGACCGGCCAAAACUUUUAUUUGACACACUGUGCUCUCUAGCAGAUAUGCAAUAUGUGGUAUUCCAUGGGACAGUCAUCACAGAAAGAAUGGAAGCUUACCAGGAAUACUACAUUAGACAUAUGGAUGGGCUUCCUGUAAGUUCAGAAGCUGAGCGACAACGUGUUAUAGAAUGCCUUGAAGCAGCCAUCGAGAGGCGAGCCUUUGAGGAACUGGAAUUAGAACUGUGCACUGAUGACAGACUUGGACUCCUUUCAGAUAUUACCAGGAUAUUUCGUGAAAAUGGUUUGUGCAUUAAGCAAGCAGAGAUCUCAACAAGGAGUGGGACAGCAAAAGACACUUUCUUUGUCACAGAUGCGUAUGGCAAACACGUUGACCCUAAAAUCAUUGGUUUGAUUAAGCAACAGAUAGGACAAAACAUAUUACAGGUUAAAGGGAACUUGAAUAUGUCUCCGAAACUUCCUCAGGAGACGGCAAGAAGUUUCCUCUUCACAAACCUUUUUAGAAGUCUUAGCUCUCAAAAUUUUGGGCUCAUAAGAUCCCAUCCAUAGUUUGCUCAUGCUCUUUCUUGGAAGGAACAAUGACGGGACAUUGAGGGCUGCCUUUUGAACCAUACUAGGGACAGAACACAAUCAUGUUAUAGACUUAUAGUCACCAUCUAUGCUAGGAA